ACUGCCGCUGUGCGCUCGGAUUAUUCUACGAGGAGUAAUUUCUCCUUUUUUUUUUACGAAAAUGGCGUCUGGUCAGGGUGGUGUAGGAGCUGUCACUGCUCUACAAAACCAUGACUGCGCCAGCGGACCCCACUGGAGCCCGGCUGUCACCCAGUACCAGCAGCAGCAGCAGCAGCAGCAGCACCACACUGCCCGCAGCCUGGACCGGGCUCUGGAAGAUGCCGUGAGCUCAGGGAUCCUGAACCUGAGCGGCAGGAAGCUGAGGGAGUACCCGGGGAUCAACUACGACCUGACCGAUACGACACAAGCAGAUCUAUCCAAGAAUCAUCUGGCAGACAUCCCCCCAGAGGUCUGUCUCUUUGCCCCACUUGAAUCACUCAACCUCUACCACAACUGCAUCAAAUCCAUCCCUGAAGCCAUUAUCAAUCUGCAGAUGCUGACUUAUCUUGACAUCAGCCGAAAUCUCCUGUCGGUUCUACCAAAACACCUGUUCAAUCUCCCCCUCAAAGUCCUGCUUGUGAGCAACAACAAACUGGUAUCUGUCCCUGAAGAGAUUGGCAAGGCCAAAGAGUUGAUGGAGCUGGACGUGAGUUGCAACGAGAUCCAGGUCCUGCCGGCGCAGGUGGGGAGGCUCCAAGCCUUACGUGAACUCAACAUCAGGAAGAACUGUCUUCACAUGCUGCCCGAGGAGCUGGCAGAUCUGCCUCUCAUCCGACUUGACUUCUCCUGCAAUAAAAUCACAGAGAUUCCUCCAGCUUUCAGGAAACUCAGGCAGCUGGAGUACAUCAUCUUGGACAAUAAUCCUAUGCAGUCUCCUCCUGCACAGAUUUGCCUUAAGGGCAAAGUGCAUAUCUUCAAGUACUUGAACAUCCAGGCUUGUCGAAUGGACAAGAAGCCAGACACCCUGGACCUCCCGACGCUGAGCAAACGAUGUCUUCCACAGCCCCUCACUGACAGCAUGGAAGAUUUUUAUCCCAGUAAGAAUCAUGGGCCUGACUCUGGAAUUGGUAGUGACAAUGGUGACAAGAGGCUGUCGACAACAGAGCCCUCAGACGACGACACCGUCAGCCUCCACUCACAGGUCUCAGAGACGGCCCGCGCCGACGCUCUGUCCCUGCUCUCCAAAAUGGACUCCUGCAAAGAUCAGGAUCUGUAUGACUUUAUAGAGCCCAACCCCGACGAGGAUCCUGCUCUGUUAGAGAAAGAUGGGCAGCAAAGCAGCCAUGUGUCUUGUAUAAAGGAGCUGGAGAAAGUUUUAAACAUGUCCCAACAAUGUAAAGAUAAAGACAGCUGGAAGGAGGAGUCCGGUUCUGACAAGGACCAGUUAGCUGAGGAAGAGGAUGAUGAGCUAAAAGAAGUGCUGGAUCUGAGGAAGAUCGCUGUGCAGCUUCUGCAGCAGGAACAGCAGAACAGACGACGGUCCUUAAUUUGCAGAGCAGAGAGUCUAAUCCACCGGCGGAGGGUGACCGGCAGGGCGCACAGGUUUCUGAGUCACUCAGGGAACUCCAGCAGCAAACCAAGGCCCCCACCUCAGGCUGCUCGAAGUGCCUCUCUGGAUGAAGGAAGUAGCGGCGCUUCAGUACUGAGUGGGCAGCCUUCGUCCUCCUGCUCCUUUGAUGGGAGCUUGAAAUCAGAACCAUCAGACUGCGAUCCAAAAUGGCCCGAACUUCCUCCUGUCCUCAACCAGAACGAAGACCGCAGGCGGAACAAGUACCUGAGGAAGGAUUACCUGAAGUACAAGUGUCAGAGCGGUUGUAAAAAUUCCAGCGGUAACGAAGACUGUGAGGAGGGUUUGUGCAACGCUGAUUUCAGCACCACGUUGACAGUGUUUGGACUCAAACCAAGAUCAGCCUUCACUCGUGGAGCCCGACAGGACAUCAGCUCGACAGAUCCCAGCUUCACCAUGAGGAGGAAGAUGGAGCAUUUGAGAGAGGAAAUGGAGCAGAUUGGCCUUUUACGGCAGAACAUUGAGUCCCGACUGAAGGUCCUCCUUCCAGAUGAUGUGGGUGCGGCGCUGAUGGAUGGAGUGGUCCUCUGCCAUCUAGCCAAUCACAUUUGUCCCCGAUCCGUUGCCAGCAUUCAUGUGCCGUCACCUGCAGUACCAAAGCUAAGCAUGGCAAAAUGCCGCAGGAAUGUUGAAAACUUCCUGGAAGCGUGCAAGAAGCUUGGAGUUUCACAGGACAAAUUGUGUCUGCCGCAUCACAUCUUAGAGGAGCGAGGUCUGGUAAAGGUCGGCGUGACCGUCCAGGCUCUGCUGGACCUGCCCACGUCAAAGUCCACUCACUUGUCCUCCAUUUGACCCGGAGAGUAAAUGCUGCUUAUAUCCCGCAGUGAUGAGCCCAUAUCCACACUGCCAGGGACUUAGGACCCCUGUUUUUGGGGCGAGGACUCUGUGACUUGUGGCUUUGUGACCGUCUGCUUCUGCCUGACUGAAAUAGGAGACGGGAUUACGCAAAAUUUCUCCUUAAAUGAAGUCUGUCGUCAAUCGGCUCCAGUCCAACGCAUUAUCACAUGUUUCUUGAUUCCUGUUCCUGGGCUGAGAAUGGAUUUAUAACAUGACGAUUCCUCAGCUGCACUGUUAACCUGGUCGCAAAGACAGAUGUGACCAUGGAUAAAUGAGAAGAGCUUACCUCCCUCUCAGCUGUUACCACCAACUCUGCAAGUGCCACUACAGAUUGGACAUCCACGCUGUUAUAGCACAGUGUGGCAAAGAAAUAACAGACAUAACUCACUGUUUCACUUAAGAAGAAGACAUUUUGAUUUUUUUUAAACAAAAUGUUUCAUUGGUUUUAUUAGUUUUUUUUCUUCUAUUUUUGCCAUGUUCUUAUGUCUUAAACCCUGAGUCAGGAAAACGGCUGCCAUGAACUUUGGACUCUGCUUUUUCUUUCUGAGAUCAAGCUCAGGUUCCAGCAGGAUUUGGUGCUGUUCUGUAGAAAACCAACAACAAAUGCUGAGGUUCUGAUUCUUUUCUGCAUCUUUAAAUGGCUGCAAAAGCCAUAAUUUAUUUUGUACUGAAGCUACAAUGCUUAGUGUUUCCAUACACCUUUUUUCCACAAUUUGUCCUCAACAAACUUCUUUGUAUUUUAUUGUUUAUUUAUGAGAUGGACCAAAAUGCACCAAAGUAGGGCAUAAUUUUGAGUUGGACAGAAACUAAUAAAUAGUUUUUAAAAUGUUUGACAAGAAAAAAAAAAUCUUAUUUUAAUGUUGCAAUGAUUAGGAGAAAUAUUUUUUUGCUGUAUUUCUGUUGAUCCUUUUCAGCUUUCUGUGCUUUCUCUGUGGAGGUAAUUUGCUCAGGGUCGUGUGCAGACAUAACUUUAAAACUUUGGAUAUUUUUUCAGAACCUAACCUGCUUUAAAACCUCUCCACUGACCUGUCUGCUGUGCUCCUUGCUCUCCCUGAUGCUGCUCAGCCUCUAAUGUUCUCCAACAAACCUUUGAGGUUUUCACAGAGCAGCUAAAUUUACACUGACAUUAAAUUAAACCCAUAUGGACUCUAUCCACUGGAUUCUGCUUAGUACUAUCAUGAUUAAAUACGACAUGAACUCUCUGAAGUUUUCUUUUCACUAAAAAAGAAAAAGGCAGAUCUUUUCCCUUUUUUUCCAUCACAUAAAAACUCAAUAAAAUAAGUUGAAGUUUGUAAUUGAAAUGCGAUAAAAUGUGAAAAAGGUUAUAUAUACAGUAUAUAUAAUUUCUAUUUUUUGCAAGGCACUGUAUUUUGCUUGCAAAUGGGGUGACAUUUUUGACCACUGUGAUUAUGCAUGAAUGGUCCUUGCCAAGGCGUUUCUAAUGUACAUGCAAGUUCAUGUGUUCCUCAAUGUUUAAGUAUCUGAUUGCCUGUUAUUUUUGCUGAUUGCCUGUUAUUUUUGCACACAAAUCAGUCUGGAGUCUUUUUUUUAAAUAUUGUUUUUCUGACCUCAAUUGAAAAAUGUUACCAAUGUUAAUGUUGUUGCUGCUCAGAGAUCCUCCUGCAAAUCUCCCGCUCUGAAACCGCGUACAGCAAGGCAGCUUGCUGUACGCGGUUUCAGAUCUACUUCAGUGAAAUGUAUUUGGUGUGAUUAUUUAAUCCUUUUACUUGUUGUACGUGACAUCGUAACCUCUCCAAGUUGUUCAGGUGCAGCAGAACAUUUGUUUCUGAUCAAACAUCACAAUAAGCUGCUAGCCAACACACUGAUUCCUCUGAUUGGUUGAACUCUUCCAGCAGUUUGAGGUUCAGCUCACCUGCAGCUGGAGAAACCUGCCUGACAAAUCUAAAGGGAAGAAUAGCUUUUGAUCGUAGCAACACCUCAAAACAUGAAAAUAGCCUGUUAUUUUUGCACACAAAUCAGUCUGGAGUCUUUUUUUUAAAUAUUGUUUUUCUGACCUCAAGAUAUAUAUGCAUUUGCCAUAUAUAUAUCCACCACACAAGCCUGAAUAAAGCAUUUAUAGAUUUAAAAAAUGUAAUAGACUCAAAAAUUACGGAUGCAGGCUUUUUGUAUUUACACCAGGAUGUCAAACUUUGCACCCAUAGUUUCCUGUCAUCUCAGGAAACAAAUCAAAUGAGCAUAUAUUCAAAAGUGUUUUCUUUUUUCUCAACAUGUUUGAUAAAACAGAAUCCUUCUUUCACAUUGGGAGUUGCAUGCCUUUGCAGCAACAUGUCUUAACUACAUGAUAGCAUUCCCUCAGGCACAAGUGGUGCAGUGUUAUUUGGAAAUAAUUGGUGCAUCAUGAUGCAAAUAAAAGAAAUUACCUUGGAAAAUGAGGUCAUCUACAGGCACUUGUUAGAUUAAAUUACUGCCAAAUUAAGUAAUGCAUGAAUUAUUGUAAUUGCAAAUGCUGGAUUCUGAGAAAAAGACUGUGUGGCAAGUUUAACAAUGUGUGGAAACCCCAGAAAUGUUUUGAACACUACGACACUGCAUUUAAGUGCAGUUACUCAGUGAGGUGGGAUUAAAAAAGAAAUUAUCACCACAAUUAUAGGGACCAAAAUAAUUUCUAGAAAUAAAGAAAAUUGAAGCAUUUAUUAUUGUAAAUGCUUAAGUUUAUGCACACAAAUUGACCACUUUGAGACAUUUUUUCAAAAGGAAAAGCCAUUCCAACAAGCCAGAUUUGUUUUCAUUUAUGUAAAGGAAAUGAUAUCAAAGUAGCUGUUCCUCAGUAUUUUCCUAUUUCUACAGUCAACUGGUUGCUCCAGUUUCAAAAGGGACAGAAUAAAUUUGAAAAUGGCUUCCCAGGAAAUGGUGGGAAUGUCUUUAUGAGGCACUGUGUACAUGUUUACCUGUGGACAGAUCCGUGUGUAUGUACAAUUAUUUUGAACCAUAAUUAGAACAGUGUUGCACACGUUGUUCUCAUUAUGGUCAUUAUGGUUUCAUUACCUCAGUCAAAUAGAAAAUCUGAUAUUCUCUAGUGCCACGUUGAUUUUCACCUUCAGCAUCACCUGAUUAGCUAAUUCCAUCAAAUGUUUGCAACUAAAACCACACAAAACCCCCCAAAAUGUUAGAAAGCAAAGAACUGCUUUGAUAUUGAGUGAAGAUGUAGCAAAUCAGUUUUCUAAAUCUCUAAUGUUGAAGAGCUUCAGUUCCUGAAAACAUGUGAGGAUUGUGUUCCAGUAUUCACCAUCAGAGCAUCAAAAACCUGGAAUAUUGUGCCUUAAUUGAGGGGUAUUUAUUAUUUAUUCCUUUAUUUAUAUUUUUUAUCAGUUAAAAUGUACUUUUGUUGUUUUUCCUCUAAUAUCUUCAUAAUACUCAGAACUAUUCAGGGGAGCCUUUGGAUCUAAACACAGUUGAAAUUCAUAUUACACUCUGCAAAGAUACAUAACCUGUUAUUCAUUGUUUUCACUCAAAUCACAGUAAAAUGUUUCUGUUUAACAUCAGGUAGGAUUACCAGAAAUAUUUCUGUUUGCUAAUUAUGCAAGUAAUGAAAAAGAUAUUUUUUAUGUAGUUUACAUGCAUAUCGAUUGAUUUAGCUCCAAGCUGUUUGACUUGUUUCAAACAUUUCGUCUUGCAAAUCCUUCGACUCGGUUCUGUCAGUAGUUUCAACUGACUUUCUUCCACACAACUUUUAACUCUGAGGCUUGUGAUACUUGAUAGUUGAGUGGCCAGAACUCGUUUCACAGUCAAGAAUUACACAUUUAUCAGCUUCAGGCAACGUCGGCUUUUGCUUUUGUUCUGCAGAACGGUUCUCCUGCAGACAUCUUGCCUGAUUUUAAACCUGUUAUGACGUCAUGUUGGCUUAUCAGACUGUUUAAAGGUGAACUAAUCUCGACAUAUAAACUCCUGAAAUUGAUGAGAGUAAGAAAAACAUUCUCCAAAAGCAUUUUCUCUCAUCAUUCUCACAUUUAGCAAACAGAACUCAUUUUGGUCAUCCUAACGUAACAAAGACUGAUGUCAGACAGCAAGAAAAAUGUGUUUUGUGCAUGCAAUGGUUUUUAUUUUGGCUUUUGAUUCGGAUGCCAGUCAUAUUUGCCCUCUCAGACAGUUUUGGGGUGUUAUUAGUUCCACACAUUUGUGUCAUUCACUGUGUCUAACAAUUUGUAAAAUAGUAACAGUCAGCAAACAAGCAAAUGCAAAAACACCCACAGUUUCCUGUCGUCUUGGGAGAAAAAAGUGAUUCAUUAUGUCUUGAGCUGGUGUGAUGUUUGUAGAAAUUUCCAUCUUAAAUGUCUGGUUAAAAAAAGAGAAAGAUUAUGCUUUGCCACAGCUCUUCCUAUCAUCACACAGCAGGUUCAUGUGCAUUGAAAGUCCUUUUCUUCUACCUGGAGCUGUAUAUAUACAAAACAAUGCAAAGCAUCCUGUUUAUCAUACAUAUGGAGAACACAGAAUCGCUUUCACUUUUCCAGUUUCCGGCUUAAUCUGUGUUAUGGUUGUGUGAAGUCCCCCAAGGACACUUUCUUUAGCACAGUUUGAGUAAUUCCUCCCACUGCAUACAGUGAAGUUGUUGUGUCAUCAUUGAACUGAUGAAAAAAUUGAUAAGAUUAUAAACUGUAGUGUUUUAUAACACUAUGUCAAAGUCUCAGCUCUGCUAGGUCAUGCAAAAGGCUUUUAUAGCACAGGAAAACGAUGUGCAGCUAUGAUUUAUACUUCAGUUGUGUUGCCUUGCGUGUCGCCCAUCAUUACUUAUUUAAAAUGUAUAUGUAAUAAUUGCUCAUGAUGACACUACAUAGUCACCAUUAAAUUGUACUUGUGUGUGAAUAGGAUUAGCAAUGAUUUUCACAAAAGGUAUAAUCACCUGUCAGACACAAUUUAGUACAAUUAAUUCCUGCAGACAAAAAGAGAAAAGUGUAUAAGCUGCUUUGAAGUGCAAUUACAUGAAAAUCUUUCCACAAUGUUUGAGGGCAGGACUGGGGCAGAACUUAUGUCUGCGUUUGUGCUUUUCUUUGUUGUAAAAGAUGACUCAUUACUUUUCUCUGUAAAGCACAUAACAAGGUGUGUCACAACACUGAGGUGCUUGUGUUCCUCUGUUUUUUCUAUGUAGUUAUGAAUCGUCACUUGCUGGUACAUGCAGUUUGAUCCAUCUAAUACAAAAUGUUUUGUGGCACAGAUUUCAAAUUGCAGAGUCUUGCUUAGUAUAGCUUAGCUCAGUUUCUCUCUAAUGGUGUCUUGCAAAAUUUAUGUUUUAAACACCAUUUUUUGUGAUUAGUUUUGACUUCCACGUCACAUAUUCACAUAUUUGUGAAGUGGAAGCCAAACAUAAACAGUGUUGUCAAAAUUUCUUAAAAAUAAAACUCUGAGUCAGUACUUUCCCGAACCCACUUUUUCUGCGAUUACACCUGCAAGUUUUUUGCGACCAAAGGAGCAGAAUGUAAAUGGACUCUGCACUUUGUAGGAUAUUUAUUAAAAAAAACAACUUUAGGCAGCAUGUAUUCAUUUAUUUCCAUCUCAUAAUUAUUUGCUACAUUGUGUUGGUGCAUCCCAUAAAAUCCAAUUUGACUGAAAGUGAAAUGAUGAUAUUUGAAUUCCUUUUUGCGUUGUAGAGCUUAAACAGGUGAAAUGAAGCUUUUUUCUAACAGUUGCAUUCGUUACGGUGGAGUGGAAACAGUAACGAAUGAAUUGUCAUCACCUUAUCUGAUUGUUGGACAUAAAAACAAAGUCAGUUGUUGCUUGUAUGGAAAACUUUCAUCACUUUUUCAAAUGUCAGAGAACGAGACAUGCUGGUGAUUUGCACUGAUGCUUACCCAACCGUCUUCCACUCGCUCUGCAAAAUCACAAACAUGCUGUUCAUGCAUUCCUUUCUGUACUGGUAAACAUGCUCUCCGUGGUGAUCGCCUUAAUCGUAUCAAAAACUGCUGUACAUCUGUGGGUUUAGUUGUAUGUUGCCAAGAUACCUGUAUAAGUGUAGGUUCAUAAUAAGGCUUGUUGAAAGGAGAAAUGCAAACUCUGGGAUGGUUUUGCAGCUGUAAAGAUGGCUAGUUUUGCGCAGGUUGUAAAAGAAAAACAAACAACAAUGAUAAAUGUGGUUUCCAAAUGCCAGACAAAAUUAACAUGACCUUUGUUAGAAACGACAGAAAGUAUUCGAAAAGGUCGAUUGUUUUUAUUUUUGCAUGUACUGACAAGUACUAAACAGUUUAGGAAACAAUGGGACACUAAGACAAAACUCUGAAAUUUCAGACCUCAAGAAAGCAGCUUCACUCAGAACAAAGACUCAUUAUUUUUGCACUUCCUUGAAAAACACGUGUUUAAAUCAUGGCCAGCAGUGACUGGAGAAAUGUAAUGACUGAUAAAUGUCUACUUUGACUCCUUCACACAUAAGGUUUUGUUUUUAAAUGCAUGCAACGUGGAACGUGGAAAAAAACAUCUACUUAAUCUGUACCAUCGCAAUGUUUGGCACUGGGCUUUUUGUUGUAAAUCAGCGUCAUUUAAGGCUCUGGCUCGGAUUCUGUAGGCAGAAAAAUGAAUCCUGCUUUAAAGAAAGGUUGAGAUAAAAUAUGGCAACUUCUCAAAGAUCAAAGCAACUUUUAUCACAUCACUUCAUAUUUUGUACUCAUUUCUAAAUUGCAAGAGGUUUGGGUUCAGGUUCACACAUUUUUCCAGCAGCUUCCGCAGAACAAGCUGUAAUUUCAGUAAUAUGAAGAAAACAGAAUUAAUUGUUUUGGUGCUAAUCUAUUAAUAACUGAUAAUUCUAUGCAUUGAGUUCAUCUUUAUCAACUUAAUUUUUUUUUUCUAUAUCAUUUUGUGAUUUAACGAAUCGCGUGGAUCCAUAAGUGACAGAGUGAGUCACGUCUGAAUACUACACUGCCAAGACAAGUCAAACUUCAUGUACAAAAACCUUUUUCUAUUAAAAAUCUGAUGCAUGCAAGACAACUGAAUGACUAACAGUGAACCUCUGUAAAUAUGAUCUGUAUAAAAAUCCAAGGAUUUCUUAAAACAAUUCAUGUCGAUGUACAAAUAAAUCAAACUCUUUGCAACCUCA